GCAGAGGCCGGCACGAGCCGAGGCUGAGCUGAGAUUUGUUAUUAUUGUGGGUCAGUGGUUGACUGGUCCCUUUUAUGUUUAUUUUCUUCGUUUAAGUUAAGCAUACGGAAUAGUUAUCUUCGAGGUCGUGAGUGUGAAAUGUAAAUGAGUGAACUGUGUGCAAUGGAAGUGGAUUCUAGGCAUCAAGAUGCUGAGUCAGAAUACUUGAGAGAUUUUUGGAUACCGCUUAACAACACUGUUGAGGCAUUCCUGCAUCCCAGUAGCCAAACUAGCCCAAUAUCCUUUCAGGAGACCUUUACUUUGGUUUACAAAUGUGUAGGAGAAGGAUAUUCUGACCGCCUGCACUGUGAUCUUAUGCAUGCUGUCAACAAGUACUUAAAGAAUUUACACGUUGAAUUGCUUAAAUAUCUAACUGACGGCAAUGAUGGUCGACAGGAUCAAGGCAUUAUCCAAAUGAUUCACAUGUUUGAUUCAGCUUUAGCAGAUUAUAUUAAAGCUGUAAAGGGAAUUUCUGCUACUUUUUCUUACCUUGGAAAGUACUUUGCUCAGAAGAAGAACUAUAAGACUUUGGAAGAUGAAUUAACAUUAAUGUUCUGUGUGGAAAUAGCUGAACAUUUUAUUCAUGACAUACUAUGCUGUGUUGAAAGAUCUCCACCUUUCACGCUGGAUCCAGCAUUGUUAAGCCGUCUCUUCCAUAAUUUACAAAUAGUGUCCCGUGAUUUGUAUGGUACAUUAUAUAGCAAAUUAUUUGCUAGAUUUGUCACAGAUGCUCUUCCUCGUAUGCAUGAAGCGGAUUUAAAUUCUCAUAUUGCUGAGGUACAUGAGCUCCAAGCACAGAUGAGAAGAGAACUUGACCAGUCAAAAGUGUCCAGUGCUGAAAGUAGUGCAGUUCGAAACCCUGCUCAUAAGCGCUCAGCAGAUGAUUGUGAUUGAUGUUACAGAGGUUACAGUGUUGAGAGCAUAGAAUUUACGCUGACCUUAUUAUUUCUAAUAAUUAUAACAAUUUCCCUCUCAGCUGUAUAAAAAACGGCUAUCCAGUAGAAUUUUAAUGGUACUACAAGGUUGUCCCACUUUGUUAUUUUAAUAGAAGUAAGACUUUCAAAAAGUGUCUAGUCAUUUAAUUUGAUGAAAGUGCCUGCAAUAAUUCUAGGCUAUCUUUUAGUCUUAUAGGAAAUUUCUUUUGCAUUUGGAUGUAAUGCACUACCUGCUCUUUGUCUUGCUCGUGACUUCCUUAAUACUUAACUUCAAUGUUAGGAUUGAAAAUCGUAAAUAAUUUCAGUUUUAGACCUGUAGCAAGAGAACAGUACAAUAAAGAGCAAUUUCCUCCAUAUCAUAUACUGAAAAUGAGCAGUAUCCAUGUUACAUUAUUGUAUUCAAAUAUAAUGAACAAUGUACCAGGAAAUGUACCACAAGGUUAGCAUUGAUGACAACUAUUAUUUAAGCUCCUUGUUGUGAGACAUGGUUUGAAAUUUGGAUGUCUAUUACUAAUUAGGUUGAAAUGAAACUUCUAGUUGCAUGUGAUAUACUUCCAUUAUUUUCAGAAUUGAAGGUAUGAUUUGUAAGUCUGAAGAAAUGAGUGAUAAAAAAGUGCUUUAUGAGUGUCCUCAAGUUGACAUCCUUAACUGUUAUAGUUUCAUAGUUUUUAUAGUAUUUAGUUUGAAGAGCACUUAAGCUUGCAAAUGAAUCACAGACUACAGAUGCCUUAAUUGGAAGUGGUUGUACUUGUUUGCAAAAGAUAAGCUUACUUGUGUAAAUGUUGUGAAUAUGAACAUCUCAGUAUAUAUCCAUCUAUGAUUUGAUGUAACAUUAUCCUUAGGGUGGUUGAAGAGUACUGAAAAUUUUCCAUGUGGCACAACCAACACAUGAGUAAGAAAUUAGUGCUCAUUCAAGAGGCCUACACUUCAAUCCUGUUAAUUGUUUGAAAUUGCCCCCAUUAUCUGAUUGUGCUUUGUGUUGAAGGGGUAGUUUCCAACUUAAGUUUGUAUCAGUAUUAGAUAUAUAUAUUUUAAAAAACACUUCAGUUAAAUAAAUAUGCUCCUUGAGCUUCCCUCCCAUGAA